UGUGAAGAGUUAUAAAAUGGAAUCCACAGCAGAACAAGUCCCUGUCGAGACUGAAAAAGCCACACCUGAAGUCACUGAGAAGGUAGACCAGAUUCCUGAGGUGAAGGAGGAUAAUUCCUCAACUCCAAAAAUUCAAGAAGAGACUAAAGAUGGGAAAGAGGACAAAAAUGAGGAUUUUAUGUAUGAGAACAAAGAAGCAUAUGACCCUGUGGAAGCAAUGAAGCACUUAUCUCUUCAAGACUCAAAGCCACUGUCUAUAGUAGAAAUUGAGCAGAAAAUCUCUGCAAAUGAAGCUGUCCCUGGAGUGUAUAAAAUUAAUGAUGGAGCUGAAAAAGUUGAAGUUAAAUCUGAAUCGAAACAGACUGCUAUAGUUAGGCCAUGGAUGAAGAAGAAGGACACCCCUCCUGCAUCUGCUUCUGAAGAGAAGAAGGAAAUGCCACAGAAAGAAUAAUCUCUCCAGUUCUUCAUGAUUUAGUAAUGUGA